UUUAAAAUUACAAUACUGCAUGGCAAAACAUUUACCCAUCAUUUUUUCUCAAAAUUUGUAUACUUAAAAAAAAAAAAAGUAUGGUGUACCACAAGGCUCCUUAUUAGGUCACCUGCUUAUGUAUAUGAGACAUUGUCGAAAGGUGUGAAAAUGAUUCGUCAUGCUCUCUGAACCACACUUCCACAUUUUGAGCCUGAUGAAUCUCAGCAUCGUCGUCCUGAAAUAUGCAACAUAUUUUUUGCCAGACAGUUGAUCAUUUCUUCAUAAAGACAAACAUUAAAGACUAGACACUGUGAGAAAAAUGAUUCAACAAGACUUACACACUGUCCACAGUUGGAAGUCACGUGCACAGCUAAUAUCAUCUUGUUUCUGCAGAUACCUUUGGUCCUGGUUUGCCAUCCGAGAGCAGAGUGCACAGCUGGAUGGAGAAGCAGGGAUGGAUGGAGAACGUGCCAGAUGCUGCUGAAGUUAUGAAGGACUGGAAGCCUCCACGAAGCAUCCAGGCACCAACAGAUGCAUCGAUCCGUCGGAUGAGCCGCAGGCAGUGCUGGAAAGGCCUGCAGCUGAUGGACAGAGAAGGUAAGGCUCUCGGUGUGGUCACCAGUAAGCCGUUUGCUUGCGGAGAGCUGAUCUGUGACUUCCACAGUCGGCUGAUCUCCAGGGAGCAGGGACUGCAGAUCCACCAGAACACUGAAGCUGGACAUCUGUUUUUCUUCAUCAGCAAGAAUGGACAGGGCAUGUGUUUGGAUGCUCACGAGGAGCGCUGCCACUGCCAUCCAAACAAAUCUACGUUUGGCAGACAAAUUAAACACUCGGCCAAACGGACCAAUCUCAGUCCUAGACUGCACUUUGUGGAGGAUGACCCGGUCAUACUUUUCAUGGCCACACGGGACAUUCAGACGGGCAAAGAGAUCCGCUAUGACUACGGAGACCACAGAAGGUCCUACGCUGGGGACGGUCUGGAUCUGAUGCCAGCCUAAAGGAAGAUGGACAUUAUCUGGAUUAUGUGUAGGCAUAUCUUUAUCUGGAUGGGACUUAACUGUUUUCCUGUUUUUACCCAUAUGUCUUUAUGGUUAA